AUGUUAUUCCUCAGAAGGGCUAUUAUCUCAGAGGUGAACAAAAUCAGUCAUUCUAUCACUAGAACAACAGGUCUAGUAGAUUUUGUUAGUGACACGAGCUCAUCAGGCACUCUGCCUAUGUUUUCUGGUCAAGGGGCACAAAAACAGGGAAUGUGCAUAUCUAUGGUGAAGAGUCCUGGAGCACGACAAAUAUUCGAUAGAGCUAAAAAAAAAAAAGUACUUGGAUACGAUUUGCUUGAAAUCUUCCUGAAUAAUGACAAUAUGCUGACACAAAAGCUAAGAUCUACAGAAUUUGUACAAGUAGCUUUGCUUGUGGGAUGUGUUGCAAAGAUUGAACAACUUAAGAUAGAAAGAGCAGAUACAACAGCUAGUGUUACCCACGUAGCUGGCAUGAGUGUGGGAGAAUUUGUUGCACUGGUGUAUGCUGAAGUUCUAGACUUUGAAGACACAUUACGUUUGGUCCAAGAGCGUGGACGAUCUAUGAAACUGGAAGUGGAAUGGUCAGUGUGUUUGGUUUGA